CAGCGAGCACGCGCACGCGCUCCACUCUUCAGUCCGCCGUCAGGGAAAAGAUGGCCGCGUCCGUGUGCAGAUUCGGUGGAGCCGUGGGCCAGGCUCUGGCUAAAGCUCGGAGUCCUGUUUUGCUUUCUCUGAGACGGGGACAAGCAACCGUGUCUUAUGCCCAAAGCCUGCUGAGUGUUCCAGAGACGCGGGUCACAACGCUGGAGAAUGGACUGAGAGUGGCAUCUGAGACGACGGGUCAUGGCACCUGCACUGUUGGCCUGUGGAUCAAUGUCGGUAGCAGGUAUGAGUCUGAGAAGAAUAAUGGUGCUGGAUUCUUCUUGGAGCACUUAGCUUUCAAGGGCACAAAGAAACACCCCCAAGCUGCUCUUGAACAAGCAGUAGAGUCAAUGGGAGCUCAUCUUAGUGGAUACACUUCUCGUGAACAAACUGCCUAUUACAUGAAGGCCCUCGCUAAGGACCUGCCGAAAGCGGUGGAGCUCUUGUCGGAGGUGGUGCAGAGUGCAUCUCUGAGCGAGGCUGAGAUAGAGCAGCAGAGGGGAGUGGUGCUCAGAGAGCUGGAGGAGGUGGAGGCCAGUCUGCAAGAUGUCUGCUUGGAUCUGCUCCAUGCCACGGCAUUCCAAGGAACAGCCCUGAGCCAGAGUAUACUGGGACCCUCUCAGAAUGCCAGGACUCUGACACGUCAGGAUCUGGUGGAGUACAUCAGCAGUCACUACAAGGCUCCUCGCAUGGUGCUGGCUGCUGCUGGAGGUGUGAACCAUGAGGAGUUGGUGGGGCUGGCCAGGCAGCACUUAAGUGGUGUUUCAUUUGAGUAUCAGGACGACGCUGUGCCCCUGCUGUCCCCUUGCCGCUUCACUGGCAGUGAGGUUCGAAUGCGUGACGAUGCCAUGCCCCUGGCACAUGUCGCUAUUGCAGUAGAGGGGGCUGGAGCUGCCAGUCCUGACAUUGUCCCACUCAUGGUUGCUAAUUCCAUCAUCGGCAACUAUGACGUCACAUAUGGAGGUGGCAAGCACCUGAGCAGUCGCUUGGCAAGUCUGGCUGUAGAGGGCAACCUUUGCAAUAGUUUCCAGUCUUUCCACUCCUCCUACAGUGACACUGGACUGAUGGGCAUCUAUUUUGUCACAGACAAACACAAGAUCGAGGACAUGAUGCACUGGGCUCAGAACGCAUGGAUGAACUUGUGCACCACAGUGACUGAUAGUGAUGUAGCCAGAGGAAAGAAUGCUCUGAAGGCCACUUUAGUAGGACAGUUGAAUGGUACCACACCAAUCUGUGAUGACAUAGGCAGACACAUUCUUAACUAUGGACGUCGCAUCCCUUUGGCUGAAUGGGAUGCCAAGAUUGAUGCUGUGACACCCAAGAUGUUGCGUGACGUUUGCUCCAAAUACAUCUAUGACAAAUGCCCUGCUGUGGCUGCUGUUGGUCCAAUUGAGCAGCUUCCUGACUACAACAGAAUGCGCAGUGCUAUGUACUGGCUUCGGUUCUAAACGCUCAUUUAAUUUCGUCAGAUUUCCUGUUAUCUUACCUUCUUUUAUAUUCUGCUCCCCACUCUGCAAACAAGCUCCACCUACUCCUUUCAUUCCUUAUUUUCCUUCCUUCUACUAUGAAAAUCCAUCCCUUCUGUUCAGUAGUGUACCUGGCUCUCCACCUCAGUACUGUUCAAGAGGAAUACACACAGAAGGAGCUUUCAACCAUACUCUGUGUGUGAGUAUAAACCAGAGUGAAAUUGAUGUGGGUUUGGUGAUUUAAUUUGGAUUUGGUGAUGAAUUUUCAUGCAGAAAAUAAUGUAAAAUAAAGGCAGAUGAGGUGGUGAAGACGGGGGUAGAAUACAUUUGUAGAUGGAAGAUGCAGGAAAAUUAAGUCCAACAUGUCAGAAACAGCAGAAGUAUUUAUGAUCUAAUGUGAUGUUUUGUUUCUGUCCUUUUAUUGUACAUAACAGAAACUCCCAUUCUGGAUUCCAAUAAAACACUGUAAACGCCAA